AUGGCUGGAUCCAAGAACGUGAGCGUUCGCGUGCUCCUGGUCUCGUACCCGGCCCAAGGCCACAUCAACCCGCUCUUCCAGUUCGGCAAGCGGCUCGCCAGCCACCACGGCGUCCGGUGCACCCUAGCGGUGGCCCGCUCCGCCCUUGGUUCCAGCGUGCCGCCAGCGCAGCCGGGACACGGAGCGGUCCCCGUCGUCGCCAUCUCGGAUGGCUGCGACCUUGGCGGCUACGACGAGGUCGGCGACGUGCAUGAGUACCUGGCACGGCUCGAGUCCGCCGGGUCGCGCACGCUGGACGAGCUCCUCGGCUCCGAGUCGUCCCGCGGCCGGCCCGUGCGCGUGGUGGUGUACGACGCGUUCCUGCUGUGGGUGCCCCGCGUGGCGCGGCAGCACGGCGCGUCGUGCGCGGCCUUCUUCACGCAGGCCUGCUCGGUGAACGUGGUGUACGACCACGCGUGGAGAGGCAAGGUGAAGCUGCCGGUGGACAAGGUCCUGGCGGAGCUGCCGGGCCUGCCCAAGGGGCUGCAGCUGGAACCGGCCGAUUGCUCCUCGUUCCUGACGCAGCAGGACAGCUCCUCCACCUCCACCUAUCUUGACCUCUUGUUGCAGCAGUGCCAGGGGCUCGAGGUUGCAGAUCAUGUCCUCAUCAACUCCUUCUACGAACUGCAGACUGUGGAAGCGGAGUACAUGGCUUCAAGGUGGGCUGCCAGGACGGUUGGUCCCACCUUGCCGUCAGCCUACCUUGACAACCGCAUGCCGGACGAUUCAUCCUACAGUUUCAGCCUGCACGCUCCGAUGGCGACGGAGUGCGACGCCUGGCUCGCCAACAGGCCAGCGCGCUCCGUUGUCUAUGUCUCCUUUGGCAGUAUCGCCGCGCCGGGUCCAGACCAGUUGGCCGAGAUGGCUCAAGGCCUGUACAAUAGCGGCAAGGCCUUUCUGUGGGUCGUCAGGGGCCCCGAAACGUCCAAGCUGCCAGAAAGCUUCGUCAGUAAGGUGAAGGAGAGUGAGGAGAGGGGCCUUAUUGUGGCAUGGAGCCCGCAGCUUGAGGUGCUAGCGCACGCCGCGGUUGGCUGCUUCCUGACACACUGUGGUUGGAACUCAACAAUGGAAGGGUUAGGCAUUGGAGUGCCAAUGGUGGCCAUGCCACAGUGGUCCGACCAGCCAAUGAAUGCCAAGUACAUCGAGGAUAUAUGGAGAGUUGGCGUUAGAGCACGGCCCGAUGUGGGGGGAGUUGUCAGCAAGGAUGAGGUGGAGAGGUGUGUGAGGGAAGUGAUGGACGGGGAAAAGAGCAAGGAAUACAUGGAGAAUGCAAUCAACUGGAGGGAAAAAACUAAAAGGGCCAUGAGUGAAGGUGGCAGUUCGGACAGGAACAUUAGAGAGUUCCUCGGCAAAUUUGGGUGGAAUUGA